AUGUUCGUCCGAAAGCGCGACGGACGCCAGGAGCGUGUCCAGUUUGACAAGAUCACAGCCCGCGUCUCUCGCCUGUGUUAUGGCCUUGACACGGAGCAUGUUGACCCUGUGGCUAUCACCCAGAAGGUCAUCUCGGGUGUCUAUGGCGGUGUCACCACUGCCCAGUUGGACGAUCUUGCUGCCGAGACCGCGGCGUACAUGACGGUCACCCACCCUGACUAUGCCAUCCUCGCUGCCCGUAUCGCAGUGUCCAACCUCCACAAGCAGACAAAGAAGCAGUGGUCUUCUGUGGUCAGCGACCUCUACCACUAUGUCAACCCCAAGAACGGCAGGCCGUCUCCCAUGAUUGCCCAGGAGACGUAUGACUGUGUCAUGCGCCACAAGGAGGACUUGGACUCGGCCAUUGUCUAUGACCGAGACUUCAACUACCAGUACUUUGGCUUCAAGACUCUGGAGCGCUCGUACCUGCUCAAGCUCAACGGCAAGAUCGUUGAGCGUCCCCAGCACAUGAUCAUGCGUGUUGCCGUGGGUAUCUGGGGAGACAACAUUGAGCGAGUCAUUGAGACCUACAAUCUCAUGUCCAGCAAGUUCUUCACCCAUGCUUCCCCUACCCUCUUCAACGCUGGUACGCCCCAGGCUCAGCUGUCUUCCUGCUUCCUGGUCGACAUGAAGGAUGACAGCAUCGAGGGCAUCUAUGACACCCUCAAGACCUGCGCCAUGAUCUCCAAGAUGGCUGGCGGCAUUGGCCUGAACGUCCACCGCAUUCGUGCCACUGGCUCCUAUAUUGCUGGCACCAACGGCACGUCCAACGGCAUCAUCCCCAUGCUGCGUGUCUUUAACAACACGGCUCGCUAUGUUGACCAGGGUGGCAACAAGCGUCCCGGUGCUUUCGCCAUCUACCUGGAGCCGUGGCACGCCGAUGUCUUCGAGUUCCUUGACUUGCGCAAGAACCACGGUAAGGAGGAGGUCCGUGCCCGUGAUCUUUUCCUCGCCCUCUGGAUUCCCGACCUCUUCAUGAAGCGCGUCGAGAAGAACGGUGACUGGACCCUCAUGUGCCCCAACGAGUGCCCUGGUCUUGCCGACUGCUACGGCGACGAGUUCGAGGCUCUGUACGAGAAGUACGAGAAGGAGGGCAAGGGUCGUAAGACGAUGAAGGCCCAGAAGCUCUGGUACGCUAUUCUCGAGGCUCAGACCGAGACUGGUAACCCCUUCAUGCUCUACAAGGACCACUGCAACCGCAAGAGCAACCAGCAGAACCUGGGUACCAUCCGCAGCUCCAACUUGUGCACUGAGAUCAUCGAGUACUGCGCUCCCGAUGAGGUCGCUGUGUGCAACCUGGCGUCCCUUGCCCUGCCCUCCUUUGUUGACUACAACGAGGGCGUCUACGACUUCAAGAAGCUUCACGAGGUCACCCAGGUUGUUGUCCGCAACCUGAACAAGAUCAUCGAUGUCAACUACUACCCCGUCCAGGAGGCUCGUAACAGCAACAUGCGCCACCGCCCUAUCGGCCUUGGUGUCCAGGGUCUGGCCGAUGCUUUCCUCGCUCUGCGUAUGCCCUUCGAGUCUCCCGAGGCUCGCGAGCUCAACAAGCAGAUCUUCGAGACCAUCUACCACGCCGCUCUGACUGCAUCGAGCGACUUGGCCAAGGAGCAGGGCCCAUACUCGACCUACGAGGGCUCUCCUGUGUCCAAGGGUAUCCUCCAGUACGACAUGUGGAAUGUCAAGCCCACUGACCUGUGGGACUGGGAGUCUCUGAAGGCCAAGAUUGCCGAGACGGGUGUCCGCAACAGUCUGCUGGUCGCCCCCAUGCCCACUGCCAGCACCUCCCAGAUCCUGGGUAACAACGAGUGCUUCGAGCCCUACACUUCCAACAUUUACCAGCGUCGCGUCCUCGCUGGCGAGUUCCAGGUUGUCAACCCUUGGCUGCUCAAGGACCUCGUCGACAUGGGCCUGUGGUCUGAUGCCAUGAAGAACCGCAUCAUUGCCGAGCAGGGAUCUAUCCAGAACAUCCCCAACAUUCCUGCCGACAUCAAGGCUCUGUACAAGACUGUCUGGGAGAUCUCUCAGCGAACUGUCGUCCAGAUGGCUGCCGACCGUGGCGCCUUCAUCGACCAGUCUCAGUCGCUCAACAUCCACAUGCGCGAGCCUACCAUGGGUAAGAUCACGUCCAUGCACUUCACUGGCUGGAAGCUUGGUCUCAAGACCGGCAUGUACUACCUCCGUACCCAGGCUGCUGCUCAGCCUAUCCAGUUCACUGUCGACCAGGAGGCUCUGCGCGUGCAGGACUCGAGCGUCGCCAAGGAGCGUGGCAUCAAGAAGCGUGCUCCUCCCAGCGGUUCUUACAUGUCUUCGCCCUCGGCUGUGCCUCGCCCCAUGUAUGCCAAGAAGGAGUCUUCGGAGAACACGGCGUCUGCUGUUAGCAACGGCAUCCCCACUCCAAGCACCACCCCGCCCCCGGCUCAGGCCGUUGCCCCCUCCCGUCCUGUCGCGUCGCCCUCCAAGCCUACCCCUUUCAAGGCUGACCAGGACGAGGGCGAGUCCCCCAAGGCUCUGCCUACCGAGCCCCAGGAGAAGCCCCAGCUCGAGGAGCUGAAGCUGAACGGCAAGAAGGGCGACGAGGCCGAGGACCAGGACUCGGAGAGCAAGGAGCGGGAGAUGGACAUCUACUCGGAGGCUGUCCUUGCUUGCAGCAUUGAGAACCCCGAGGCCUGCAUAAUGUGCAGCGGUUAG